UCUUAACUGAAGCACAAUCUUGACAGAAGCAGGAGCAUUUGAUCCCCGACUCUGAAAGGUCACCCUUUACGCUUAUGAAACAGUGUGGAGCUGUCCGUGAGUUUUGAAUUCAGUUAUUGAACAUCCGUUUUAUCCAUUUGGACCAAACAAUACGCAGCAGACAUGGGUGAUGUGGGUAUGCAACCUGUGCCGAAAACAACAAGAAAUCCUCACCAAGUCAGGGGCCUGGUUCUACAGCAGCCCAGGGGGCACCCUGCCCUCGGGUGCGAGUGACCCUCGCCGACGCCACGAAGAGGCUCCGCAGGAAAAGAAGGCCAAACUUCAGGAAGCCCCACUGCUGUACCAGGGGCCUCCAGGGGACCGCAGCCGAGCUCCAGGACUCCCGCGCCAGGCUUCCCUCAACAACGACUCCAGUCUGAAGCCCAACGACCCUCUGAGCAACAGGAAAAGAAGCCCAUCAGAAACCAGGGAUCCAAACCAAAAAUACGACCAAAGGGAGGAGAAGGGGGAGCGUUCGCAGUAUGCCCCAGGGGAGGGCGGCAUGCCACGAUCGCCGUCUGACUACGGGGCCGGAGACCGCCAGUGGCGAGGAGGCUACGGCCGCUCCUAUGAGGACGCGGAGGUAGCGCGGAGUGCGUACCGCGCUCAACGGGGCGGCUGGCACUCUCAGGAAGAGUAUCCACCCGAACCCGGAUUCUUGCCCGAUGGCCCGCCCCUCAGUGAGCACGAGCUCCAGCGGCAGCGGCAGGAGGAGUACCAGAACCGCUACCGCAGUGACCCGAACCUGGCCCGCUACCCGGUCAAACCCCAACCUUACGAGGAGCAGAUGCGCAUGCACGCGGAGGUUUCGCGAUUCAGGCAUGAACGGCGACACAGCGACGUCUCCCUGGCGUACACAGAGAUAGAGGAGCCCUUGGGGCCCCUGCGGGGUCCCCCCUACUCAUCGGGUCCCGGACACACCCACUGGAGGUCCAACCACAGUCCACCCGGCGUGGACUCCCUCCACAGGCAGCAGCACCUGGAUCCUGUCUCGGCCUUAAGGAAGAGUAAACGAGAAAAGAUGGAGAGCAUGUUGCGGAACGACUCGCUCAGUUCUGACCAAUCGGAGUCCAUCAGGCCGCCGCCGCCCAAACCUCACAAAAACAAGAGGGGCGGCAAAAUGAGGCAGGUGUCCCUGAGCAGCUCAGAGGAGGAACUGGCCACUACACCGGAGUACACCAGCUGUGAGGACGUGGAGAUCGAGAGUGAGUCUGUGAGCGAGAAAGGAGAUUUGGAUGGCCACUGGUGGGAUCAUACAACGUGGCAUAGCAGCGAUGCUUCCUCCAUGUCUUUGCACCCGGUCACAUGGCAGCCCUCCAAAGAUGGAGAUCGACUCAUCGGCAGGAUCUUGCUCAACAAGCGCAUGAAGGAUGGCAGCGUUCCCCGCGACUCUGGAGCUCUUCUGGGACUGAAAGUGGUUGGAGGAAAGAUGACAGAGUCCGGAAGACUUUGUGCGUUCAUCACCAAAGUAAGAAAAGGGAGUUUAGCGGAUACAGUUGGGCAUCUCAGACCAGGUGACCAAGUCCUUGAGUGGAACGGCCGACAGUUACAAGGAGCCACAUUUAAAGAAGUUUACAAUAUCAUUUUAGAAUCAAAGCCAGAGCCUCAGGUGGAACUAGUGGUCUCACGACCCAUCGGCGAUAUCCCCAGGAUACCAGAAAGCACACACGCACAACUGGAGUCCAGUUCGAGUUCAUUUGAGUCUCAGAAGAUGGAGCGCCCCUCCAUAUCCGUCACGUCUCCCAUGAGCCCCGGAGUGCUACGGGAUGCCCCUCAGUACUUAUCGGGACAGCUUACAAGCCAAAGCCUUAGUAGAAGAAUUGAGCCUUUUAACCCUAAAGUUCAGGUCAAACUUUGGUAUGACAAAGUCGGCCAUCAGCUUAUCGUCACCAUACUGGGUGCAAAGGACCUGCCUUCAAGGGAAGACGGCCGACCACGCAAUCCUUACGUGAAGAUCUACUUCCUCCCUGACAGAAGUGACAAAAGCAAAAGAAGAACAAAAACGGUAAAGAAAUCACUAGAGCCCAAAUGGAACCAGACCUUUAUGUAUUCCCCCGUCCACCGGCGGGAGUUCAGGGAACGCAUGCUGGAGAUCUCGCUGGACCUUAGUCACACUAUUUUAGCUAUCCUCAUAGAGCUGGAAUCAGCGCUGCUGGACGAUGAGCCGCACUGGUAUAAGCUACAAACACAUGACGUCUCAUCGGUACCCCUGCCCAAGAGCUCCCCCUGCCUUCAGAGACGAGCGCUGCAUGGAGACAGUCCCACACGCAGACUGCAGAGGUCUCAGAGGAUCAGCGACAGUGAGUUCUCAGACUAUGACUGUGAGGAUGGUGUUGGCGUCCUAUCAGACUAUAGAAAUGGCAGGGACCUCCAGAGCUCCACCCUCUCUGUGCCUGAGCAGGUCUUAUCGUCCAAUCACUGCUCUCGAUCAGCUGACAUCAACCGAGCACGCUCACGGUCUCCUAGCAUGCCCCCUUCUCAGAGUCAUUUUCUCACCUUACCUCGAACCCGACACAGUCAGCCUCAUGACAGUCAGCUGGAGGAACUCAGGAAUUACGGAGCGCCAGACAGGCACGAGUAUCACCACAGGUCCCGUUCUGCAGACCAGCGGUCCGCACUGGAGCGGCCCAUGUACAGUCGCUCUCGCUCCUCGGAGCGGCCGCCCGACGGCCCCCACAUGAGAUCAUCGAUGCCCUCCCUGCCGUCAGGACACUCAGCUCCACCCUCCCCUGCCUUAUCGAGGGCGCAUCCUCGUGGAGGAUCGGUUCAGACCAGCCCCACCGGGACCCCCGUGAACAGCAGGAGAGGACGACAGCUCCCACAACUGCCUCCGAAAGGGACGCUGGAAAGAAAAGAUGGAGAUGAAGAACUUGAGCCUUGUCCAGGUGCUAUGGAUGUGGAGGAACGAGCACGGCAGAUGAAGCUGAAGAUGAACAAGUAUAAACAGGGAACCGGCUCAGAUUCAAGGCUGGAACAGGACUAUCACAAGCGAUCAGGCAGGGAUCCUCAGCGAGGAGAAAACCUCUCGGCCAAGUCUUCGGACAGUGAUGUCAGCGACGUGUCCGCUGUGUCGAGAUCCAGCAGUGCGUCUCGAUUCAGCAGCAUGAGCUACAUCUCUGUCCAAUCAGAACGGCCGCGGGGCAGCCGCAAGAUCAGUGAAUUUACGUCCAAAAUGAAAAACAGGCAAGUGGGAACGGCGGCCGGGGGCAACAUGACCAAGAGCACCAGCGUCGGCGGGGACAUGUGCAGUCUGGAGAAGACCGACGGCAGCCAGUCGGACACGGCCGUGAGCCUGGUGGGAACCGUUGACAAGAAACGGCGCUCCAGUAUCGGCGCCAAGAUGGCAGCGGUCGUGGGGUUGAGCCGAAAGAGCCGCAGCGCCUCGCAGCUCAGCCAGACAGAAGCAGGAGGAAAGAAGCUGCGCAGCACUAUCCAGAGGAGCACGGAGACGGGACUGGCCGUAGAGAUGAGAAGCAGGAUGACCAGGCAGGCCAGCCGCGAAUCCACUGACGGCAGCAUGAACAGCUACAUACAAGAGGGAAACCUCAUCUUCCCCGGAGUGAGACUCUCUUCUGACAGUCAGUUCAGUGGUUUUCUGGAUGGACUUGGCCCCGCCCAGCUUGUGGGAAGACAGACUUUAGCCACGCCCCCUAUGGGUGACAUUCAGAUCGGGAUGGUGGAAAAGAAAGGAGCCCUAGAAGUAGAGGUCAUCCGAGCCAGAGGCCUUGUGGGAAAACCAGGUUCUAAGGCACUGCCAGCCCCUUAUGUAAAGGUGUAUCUACUGGAGAACGGCGCCUGCAUAGCCAAAAAGAAAACAAAAGUAGCACGAAAAACACUGGACCCUCUUUACCAGCAGCAGCUGUCGUUUGAAGAGACCCCAGGAGGAAAGGUUUUACAGAUCAUUGUGUGGGGAGACUAUGGACGUAUGGACCACAAAUCCUUCAUGGGAGCCGCUCAGAUACUUUUAGAUGAUCUGGACAUGUCCAACAUGGUUAUUGGCUGGUUCAAGCUGUUUCCUCCCUCUUCAUUGGUCGACCCAACCCUGGCCCCGUUGACCAGAAGAGCUUCCCAGUCGUCCCUCGACAGCGGGUCCGGGCCGUUCGGUCGCUCGUAGCAGUUUCCUGAAAUCUAGCGUUAUUGUAGCAGCCAUUGGGUGGAGUUUGAGAUUUGCGACAGGUCCCGUCCCCCCGGUAACACUGCAUGCUUGAUGUUGUGUGUUCAGAGCUUGUUUCUUAGGGGUGAAAAAAAGCGGUCCUGUUUUUGCUCGCAAAAAAAAUGCCGCACACAUUGUGCGCAAAGAGCAACCCCUAGAGGGCAGGGACGAGACGAAGCUGGAAAAUGGCCUCCUUAGCCUGAGGAACGUCACAAUUCCUGCUUUUAGAACCUAUUUGAAGCCAGUGGAGAUGAGUCUGAACUGAGAACUGACACGUCGAGUUCUUCAGAAGCCCAUUUUGAAAUGGGGCGAAACCUUCUCUUCGACUUUUGUUUUCCAUUUAUGUUUCUUUUAAUGUUGAUGUAUUUGUAUCUACAUGGGCUAACAGUGUUCCUUGGGUCAAGCCAUGCCAACAGACCCAGAAAUGUACACACAAAACAAGAAUAUGACGUGGGAAUGAGCACCUCACUCCCCAAAUACGAUUCUGCUAGAUCAUUACAGAGAUGAAAUGUAGGUUUGAAUCAUCUUUUAAGAUCAAAUUGAAGUACUUCUCUUGAUACCGUAUGAAACCUAAAGAAGAAAUAACGAGUUUUUUGUUGCAUGGACACAACUUUAGCUGAACUUAAAAAA